GCUGUACUUCCUGAGGAUCCGACGCCUGCUGCACCCGUCCCACAACAGAUUCCGGCCCCGUUGGCUCCCGCUGUUUCUGCCUCUGCUCCUGUUCCUGGGUCUCGGCUUCGUCUCCCGCCCGUUCCACCUGUGGCGGGAGUUGAAUUUGUGGCCGCGGGAGGAGGAGCGCAGUGUCCUCAUCCCCGAGUUGGCGGUUCAGCAACUCCUGCCCUCGAGGAGCCGUUUCAGUUUCUGGCGCAGGCAUUACAGCCUCCACAGUCCCGUGUUCCAGAGGAGACUCUCGCCCAGCUCUUCCGCCUCGCGGAGAGCUUUCACACUCUUCUCCUGAUACAGGUUCUCACGCAUUCGUCACUUCCUGCAGUUCCCCCUGAGACGUUCCAAGAUUGCCACCGUGAGUCGUGCCUGGACGCAGCCGACCAGCUCGCAGUGCUGCUGGCGCCCGUGCUGGCUGCGCCCGUAGAGGGUGGAGUUGCGGCUGCUGGGCAGCUCGAUGAGGCUGAGGAAGCCCGGGAGACCGGGCACGAGGAGGAGGAAAGCGGGCCUCAGGCACUGACCCCGAUGGAACAAGCAGAUGCUGCCGCGACGGAGGCUCCACAAGUGGGACACAUGAGGAGGGCGACGGGUGUUGGGGGGGGAUCGCGAGCGGCUCCCCGGCAGACGACGCCAGCGGAAGAGGCGCCAGAGGACGAGACGAGGAAGGCGGUGGAGCCGGGACCGGAGCCGAUAGAGGGGCAGACGGCGCCCGAGGUUGCGGCGACAUCGGAGGCGGGAGCGCAGCGGCACCAGAUGACAUUUGCUGCGAGAACUGCAGAGACCCAGACGGCGAGGGAGGAGGCGACGCGGCCAAGCGCAGGGAAGUCGCGUGCGGCUGUAGGAGGGGGCCAACGAUCACCCGCUGCACCGCGGGAGGAGGCCGGGGCGGACGGCGGCGGCGAAACGACCCGCCGCGAGCGCGGAGGUGGGGAUAAGUCUGGCCGCGAGGAGAUCGAUACACCGGCUCCCGGCGGCGGGCAGGGGUUCCAGCCCCCUCGUGCUCGACCAGCGCAGCGACAGCUCGGAGCAGGGCUGGCGCCAGCACUUCCUGGGCCUUUGACGGGCUGGGAACAGCAGAUACAGCAGGGCGGUCCGACUGGACGGGAUGACGGCGCUUUCCCGUCAUCGGAGCGACACCUGCAAGCACAGAGAGACACGGAGGACGAGCAUCAGCAGACGGGUCGGCCCGAUAUGGGAGAAGGCGGGGUAAACGAGGAGGACAGAGCCGUGGCGACACGAGCGCAGCAGAGGGAAUGGACGGAGACAAACAGGCAGCGAGCCUUACGAGAACGGGCGGAGGACGACGCGGCGGCACGACGGCCGCGAAACACGGCGGGACGGACGGGCACCAGGGAACGCGGGAGAGGCCGGGGACGGGGAGGGCACGUGGGGGAGCUAGUGAGGGCAGUGGCGAGGGAAAAGGCGAGAUCUGGAAAUUGGCGGGAGAGGCAUGGAAGACAUGAGGAACCAGAGGCGGAACCAAUGAAUGAUGCGGGAGGGGAGACAGAGUCAGAAUAUAUGGGGGAAGAGGAGGCAGAGUCAGAGGAGGUUUCUUUGGAGGCAGAGGAUGGAGGCCCUGUCCAGAGCCGAGCAAGGGGAAGACGUGGCAACAGAGAAAGGCGGGAAGGGGGAGAUGCAGACGCUAACGCACAGGUGGGCGAAUCACCUGCUCCACAGGGCAACGAGGCUGCCAGCAAGGAAUGA